AUGAAGCGAGAUAACCGCAUGAGCCAGCUGGUGGUGAACUCCAUCCGCAAGCUGGGCGAGCGGAACGGCUCCUCCCUGGCCAAGAUCUACGGCGAGGCCAAGAAGGUGACCUGGUUCGACCAGCAGAACGGCCGCACCUACCUCAAGUACUCGGUGAAGGCGCUGGUCCAGAACGACACCCUGGUCCAGGUCAAGGGGGUCGGCGCCAACGGCUCCUUCCGCCUCAACAAGAAGAAGCUGGAGGGGCUGGCCGUGCCCAAGAAAGCCGCCGCCAAGCCAGCCGCUAAGAAGCCGGCGCCCAGCACCCCCAAAAAACAAGUGGUCAAGUGGUUAAAACAGUAAGGUAAG